AUGCCCGCCCCUGUGUCCUUCACGGUGCGCCCACCAGGCUCCGCCCCGUACCGCCCUUCGCCUCUCGGCAGCAGGGGCCCGCCUUCAAGACGGCUGUUCAACGACGACCAGGAGGACGAGGAUGAUCACGACGACAGCCAUCUUCAAGGCAAGAGAAGUGACAGGCCCAGAGACGAACGGAUAGAAGGAUUUGGAAAGAAUGGACGUGCCAUUGGUGGCGACAAACCUGAAGCCCCGCUUGUCAUUCCCGCCAUCCCCAAUCGAGACUGGCGAGCCUCAUCUACCCGCAGAACGCCUUCAUAUCGCCCCGAAAACCAAUCCCAAGUCGAUGCUGGCGAUACCCAUGAUCGAGUCGGAGACGGCCCUCAACGUUCGGGAUUGAGGCAGAUCAAGCAGGAAGUGAAAGAGGGCGAAGACGGAAGUGACAAUGUCAAGAUUGAAAAGCACGAAGAGAUCAGCAAUGGUUUCGUCAAGCAGGAAAUCAAAGAAGAGGUGGAGGUGAAGAGGGAACCCCUCACGCUCGAAGAACAGGCUCUCCAAGCUCUCCUCCAGGGCGAAGUUCCUCGUGAAACGGAAGAAGAGCGACUCCGCCGUGAGCUCGUCAUUGCUUCCGCCGCAGACACUCCUUUCUCUGAGGAAGAUGCUCUCAAACGAGACGUUGACGCUCUUCCCGUCGAGUCGACUAUCGAUGAUUACGCCGCUGUCCCUGUAUCAGCCUUUGGUGAGGCUAUGGCUCGCGGAAUGGGCUGGACUCCUGUGACCGAGGGCGGUACAAAGAUCCACGAACCCAAAUCGAGGCCUGCCCUUCUGGGUCUUGGAGCAACUGCCAUGCAGGCCCCAGUUCCUCCUAGCCGGAGCGGUUCCAGCAACGGAAAGAAGCCCAGGCCGCCAAACAAGAGAGAUGCUAUGAAAUAUAGUCUGGCGGGGGCUAUGGUCAAGCGAGAUGGGAGUGAGACGCCCGGGGCAAGCAGUGCCAGUGAGAGCAGUGAAGGCAAGAGGAGGAGGGAUGACGACCUCGGGAGAGAGAGCAAGCGGAGGGACGACGGAUAUAGAGAUAGAGAUAGGGACAACAGACGGGACCGUGCUCGUGAUAGUGAGAGGGACAGAGAUGAGGAGAGGAGGACCGACCACCGAGAUGCUGGGCGUUAUGAGACAGAGGACGAGCGUGCUCGGCGGAAAGCCAAAGAGCGCGAAAGGAGAGACAGGGGUGACGAUAGGGAUCGAUACCGGGAUGGCGACAGACGAGACGACCGUGAUCGCUAUAGAGAAAGGGAUGAUAGAGAUAGACGGGAUGAUAGGGACAGGAGAGAUAGGGACCGGGAUAGGAGACGUUGA